AGCAGACACACGGGCCGCAGGUCGAUCGCCUCAGCCGACGCGAUCCUACUAUACCAUCUGACCCACCCACACGAGCGGAUCGGAAACCCCUGGUGCUUGUUACCACCGUCCACCGACCGAUCGAGACCUUUCGUCUCGCCCGAUCGAGCGCGCAAUGAAGCUCUUCAUGUGCUUCGGCGGUGCGGCCGCCGUGGCCGACGACGAAGCGGCUGCGGAGGCGGCGGCUCGCCACCGGGACCAGCGUGGCCGGAGCAUGUCGUUCCGGGCGAGGUUCUUGUCCGGUAAGAAGGGCAGCGGCAAGAAGAAACCGUCGGCGGCAUCACCGCCACCGGCCAAGUCAAAGAAGCGGGGGAUGGACGCCGAUGACGACGUCUACGGCUUGUUCGGCACGGCGUCGUCGGUGGCGUCCUCGGCGCCGCUGAGCUCCGCGGCUUCGCUGGACUCGGGCUACUCCUCCUCCUCCUCCUCCUCGUCCGCUCGCUCCUCGACCGCCUCGUCGUCCUCGCCGUCCGUCUCGGGGGUGCUUUUCCCGCCAGCGGCGGCGAGGCGGCGGGCGGCGAAGAAGGGGUCGUCGUCGUCCCCGGUGGCGGGCGCCGCGGCCGUGGUGCUGUGCCUGCUGAUGGUGGUGUUCUGCGGCCGGGUCGGAGCCACGCUGCUCACGUCCACGGCGCUCUACCUUUUCCCGCGGCGGUGGCCCGCGAGGACGGCGCGUGGGGACGAUGGCGUGGGCUCGCCGGAGCGCGACGCCGAGGAGGAGACGACGACGGCGAGGAGGAAGGUGGUUACGGAUCAGGUGUUCUUGCUGAGGAACCGCAGGAAGUGAUACCGUCGCUUCUUUUUUUUUUUUGCACUUCCUUUUUGUUCGGAUGAGAAGGAAGAGUUUUGCACUAACUAGCUGUUUUUUGUCCAAGAGUUUAUGUGAUUAUAAAUCGCGGACAUAAUGUAACCAAACUUGAAUUACACAAAGAUGCUACAAUAGUUUGUUUAUGCAAAUAUAAAUAUGCUAAUAAGAUCGUUUGUUAAACAAAAUGUUGAAAGGUAAAAAAGACGAGUUGUUAAUUAACUUUAAUUUUCUUCAUCCAGUUACUGCGAUGGAACUUUCAGAAAAGAAAGUAAGGUUAAAGAAGCAAAAGGGCGUAGGCAGAAUUGUGGGCGCCAACAAAUUCCACAAUGCGUGAUAUAAUUACGUGUCGCUCCAGCAUGAAAAGCCAGUGGAAUUGAAAUGAAACUUUGGCAAGCUUUGCAAUUAUGAAA